AUGCUCUCAUAUCAGCUAGAGUGCAAGAAGAAGUAUGAGAUCUGGUGUGCGGUUGCGGAUAGCCCAAUUAGAUUUUCCCUCCAUGAGUUUGAACAUCUCACCGGCCUCAACUGCGACUAUGUGGAGGAUCUUGGUGACCCCAAGUGCAAGGUUACUCUAGAGAUGAGAGCAUUCUGGGAGAAGCUCGGAGUAGGUGUUGAGCUUGGUCCGAGUCAAGUGGAGCUCAUUCGUGCAUGCGAAUGGGCAACAGACUGGCCGAGUGAGGACAAACUUAGGCUUGGUUACUUGGCCAUCUAUACUGGCUUCAUUGCUGCUCGGAAAAACACCUCGCACACUCCUGUGAACCUGGCCAGAUUAGUGAUGGAUGAAGAGGAGUUUGAGAAUUAUCCGUGGGGGCGUGUAGCUUGA